GCACUUCUCUAUCCACACACGACAGUGUAUAAUAUCCGGUGCAAAGCUGGAUUGUGUCACUUGAGAAUAACUAGGCGCCAUCUCGAUUGAUAUAAUGUCGUCAAGUUCCAAUACUCCGCAACCGCCACUAGGCAGCAAGCCUGCAGGACGCUCAUCUCAGCGAUUCUCGCGCCGUUCCGCCUGCGCCCGUUGUCGAGCAUUCAAGCUGCGGUGUGAAAGAGAUUUGGGGGCCGUGUCACAGCCUUGCAAGAGAUGCGCCAGGGCCAUGGCUCAGUGCGUGCUGGUAGGUAAACCGCGGCCAGUUUUGGGUCCUAGUGUUGAAAAUCAGCGCCUGCCGCUGACCAUUGCGGCGGCCCAAAGACGUAGCUCAAAUGGCAGCCAGUAUCAGAUGCCUUGUCGCAUCCUUCCUGCGGCGGUUGAAGAGUUGCCUGCCGCACAGCUUUACGACCGAUACGAUGAUGGUAGCGGAAACCAGCCAGAAGUUUCGCGAGGCUCGGAGCAUGCCUCUCACAGCCAAGGCUUCCUGCAGAAUACAAAUAUCCAGGCGCAGCCACUGGAAUCCAGCGUCAUUGGCCCAGUUGAUGAUGCUAAUGAAUGCGGUCGCCUGCACGAUGCUACCCCUGAUCCAUUCGAUUUUGAUUUUACGUUUGGUGCUGCUGGACAUCGUCCAGACGAGGAUUUUGUCAACUUCGACAUUGAAUUACCAACAUCCUACACACGGACAGAGGCUCCUCAGAAUGAUAUAAAUUCUAUUGAUACUGAAUCGCAAUCUCUAAAAAAAGACCAUCGAAAAAGCUGUCUGCAAAACUUAGCCGACCUCCACGCAAGCUUACUCCGAGACCUUGACGAAGUUAAGCUCUCCAAACCAGCAAAUGAGUGUGAUUGUUCCCGUUCUUCCGCCGAGAGGACCAGUGAGAAUGGAGUGGCGCCGGAUCACCCCGUUGGCAAAGUGCUCAGGAGCUCGGAGAAAUACCUUGGGAUUUUAGAAUAUUUUUCUCUUCCCUCGUUGCCACAACCAUCGCUUCAGCAGAGAAGUUGCUCUUCUGAGGCCAUUUCGGCCCAUGAAGAUCUUGAUUUGGCCCUUGGCUGUGAGAAUGAUGGAGGCACGCCAUUCGAUUCCGAUCGCUUCACCUCACUUGCCUCGGGUCUGGAACCAGACCUGUCCACCAGUUCCCUCCCCGCCCACUGCGAUGUCCCGACAACUUUCUCCCUCCUGACGUGCUAUAUAAGCCUAGUCCGCAUAUUCCGCACAAUCUUUAGUUGCAUCUACAUCUCACUACUCCCUCUGCCUCCUCCCACCUGGAACGCGCUUCCACCAAUCUUCCCUGGGUUGCAACUUGCUGGGUUUGCUAUGGAGAGGCAGAUUGGAAUGCAGAUCCGGAUUCUGCUGCAGGUCAGCGAGGAUAUGUUAGGGAAGAUAGAGGGGAAGCUCGGCGUGGGUGCGGGCAGUGCCGGGGAGGGAGGAUUGCUAGGCAAGGUGAUGGGCAAUGAGGUGCUAAGGAUGAUGUUGCAGGAAGAAGAGGAAGAGAGGCCAGAAGGAGGGUGUGGGAGCGUUGACUCGCUGAGAGGUGUGAUGGCAAGUUUGAAAGGCUUGUGUUGAAGGGAGAUGGCAUGGACACGAAUUUUCGACAGAGGAGGCCGUUUGUUGAAGUUGGUUGUGGAUUACGACGUCACGCGAGGAUCAAGUCCCAUAUACGCCAUGAGUCUACAAAUUUUCUGAUGGCGCUGUGUGGCCGUAUUUCAGGUAGUUCACAGCAAAUUCGGCUUUCAGCUGAAGGGCCACGUAGUGGCUCGUAGUCAUAGGCUGGAACAUGCGCGAGCGGCGAAGUCCUGUCGCAUGCGUACACAACAUUUGGAUCUGGCUUCAGCCACCAUUCGGCUGGAGCUUCGAACAAUUGUGCCGAGGAUGUGCCAUGCAUGGUUUGAAGACGGUUUUAGGGGGAGCAGGAGUCAGAUAUCAAAUUCGUCGCGCGGAUGGAGGCCGAGAUUUCUUAAGUAGAGGCAUCAGUAAGGGCUAAAAUGGGUGUGGGCAUGGACAAGGAAACAGGAAGGGACACAGGCGUUGGCUAGGGCCAUCAUGCGCCCGCAAGCAAUCAUCCCUCAGAACUACUAUACCUAUUAUUUUCCUGCCUCCGGAACUGAUCUUGCGCAGCCUCCUCAUGGCAGCUCGUCUCUCCCCUCCUUGAUCUGGAGGAACACCUCAAAAAAUUCCUCCAUGUCCUUCGCGCCCUCGAUCGUCUUACCCCCUAGAUAAAACCGCGGCACACCUCUGCCUCGUCUGGCCUUAUUCUCUUGCUCCUCUUUCUUCACUUCCUCCAGCGCCUUUCCAUCCUCCAAGCCCUUCUCAACGGCACCUCUAUCCAUCCCCGCUGCAACUCCGAUCUCCACCAAACUGGGUGCGUUGAAAAUAUCCUUCGCCUCCACAAAGUAGGCAUGGAAUAGCUCCUCGGCCACCUUGUUCUGCUGCUCAAGGCUGAUGGUACCAGCGAGGUGCAGUAGCACGUGGCAAAGCGCCGUGCCGCCCACUACGCCGUCAUCUGCCAGGAGGAUCCCUUCCCCGGCGGCGAUGCCCUUCAGUCGCGCCGCUAUGGCGGGGGCACGCUCGGGUCCAAUGCGGACAAGCAUGCGUUCUGGGUAGUUGGUUAGUGAUAGGCCUUUGUCGGGAUGAGGAAGCAUGACUUACCCCAUCGGGAGACCGGAGUAGCGGGGGGGUUCUCGUCGAGAAAGUAGGGCUUCCACGUGAUAUUGAAGGUAUCCUUGGAUCCGUCGGGGUAGGUUUUGCGGUACAUGGCUAUUGCUUUUUGCAGACGACGGUAGCCUAUGUAGCACUAUUGUUUGUCAGGUAUGAAAGGAUGGGCGGAUGAGGGAGACACGAACCCAGGGGCAGACCACGUCCGAUACGAUCUCGAUAUCGAAGGUCGUCAUUUUAGAAGUUUGUUUGUAGGUAAAUAGGGUAGGUAGAAAGCGUCUAAGACGUCCUCGUUUUGGCGUGGGAAGGGGGGAAUAUGAAGUUGAGGAAUCCAGUUCUGCUUUGUUUGCCAGAAUGUGAG